AUGUCGUCAAAAGUGCGCUCCAACGCGGGCUGCUGGACGUGUCGUCUUCGUCGCAAGAAAUGCGAUGAGAAACGCCCUGUCUGCGACUCUUGUGGCAGUCUUGGGAUCACCUGCUACUUUGACGAUGAGAAGCCUGAAUGGAUGGAUGGCGGCCCAAAGCAGAAGGCCAUGGCGGAGAAGAUCAAGGCUCAGGUUAAGAAACAAGCCAGUCAACGUCGCGACCGCAAGUACAUGGAGAUGCUUGAAGCCGGUACUCGCGAUGUCACUCUACAAACAGAAAACAGCCAAGACAAGCAACAGCCUCACGACCACGGCAUGUCCGCUGCAUCCGACUCAGAUCCUCACUCAGGCCAUGAGUUUGGAUCUACUCCUGCUUCGAGCAACACCAGUGGCGCCUCACCCCCCGACAUGCCCUGGCACAGUCACUUCUCAGUCCCGACUGACGAUCCUAGUAGCUCGACUGGCGCCAGUACUGAGAUUCACUUCAUCAUGAUCUACCUCGACUAUGUCUUCCCUCACCUGUUCCCCUUCUACCGCCCUCCCAUCCUCGCUGGCGGUCGUGGCUGGGUACUCGACGUUCUUCAGAGCAACAAGUCUGUCUGGCACACAGCCAUCUCACUCACUUCGUACUAUUUCAGCAUCGUCAUGGCCGACGGCAAUAUCCAGCACAAGGAGUGCACAAAUCGCAUGGCUCACCAGUUACAGUCCCAGCUUGAAAUGGGUUUGAGAGAACUACAGCGUGAGAUGACAGCUGUAAACCACAAGGUCUCUUGUGCUAGUGCCAGAGAUAGACUUCUUGUCCUCCAAGCAAUUUUACAGAUGCUCAUCUUUGAGGUAUCAAUAAGCAACAAGGAUCAUUGGAAGAUGCACCUCGACGCUGCUAUCACCAUGUUCCAGCAGAUCCUUCCUCAACCCGAGAAAUGGGGUGAGACAAUGGAGGCUCUUUACAGCUUCCGUUGGCCACCACCAGAGAUGGGCUUGCGUCGACCCUUCAGCACAAACCAAGCUGCCCUUCGCUUCUUCACAGCCAAUGUACUCUACAUCGAUGUCAUGUCCAGCAUUACACUCGAGCAGGCACCGCGUCUUCAGAAAUACCAGGACAAUAUCAUGCCCAGUUGCAAAACCUACGUUGCACCAGAAGCGGCCCGGAUCUCGGGAUCUCUUUUCAUGGAAGAAUAUGUCGGUCUUCACAAUUGGGUUGUCCAGAUCCUUGGUGAUAUUGCUGCACUCGAUGCCUGGAAGAAGGAGCAGAAGAAGAAAAACUCGUUGUCAAUAAACGAGCUUGUUCAGCGAGGCAAGAUUAUGGAAGAUGCAAUCAAGGGGGGCCUCAGUAUGGUUGAAGCGCAGACCCAAUUGCCCGUCCCUCUUCAUGAUAUCGGCAUGUAUCUUGUCUCCAAUCAUGUGCAGAACAACGAUACCAAGAUUAAGCAAGCCCCUGCCGUUGCCGUCAACAGUCUCAUCUGGCUUCAAGCAGCCCUCACAUACCUUCACGUGGUCAUCUCCGGCUGGCAGCCAUCCUGUCCCGAAAUUCGAUGCUCCGUUGCCCGCAUGACCGAACUCCUGACGACCCUCCCAUCAGAUACCUGCCUCCGAACCCUGGUCUGGCCCUUCUGUAUUGCCGGAUGCCUCUCACCUCCAGAAGACGAGGAUAAGUACCGCGAAAUGGUGGAGCGUAUGGGGCCGAUUAGUGUGUUUGGCACGGUUAGGGAGGCACUUGAGGUUAUGGAAAAGGUCUGGUUGAAACGAGACCAGAUCGAUGAGAGUUGGGACAUGGCCAAGUGCCUGCAGGUCCUUGGACAUGGAGUUUUGCUGAUUUGA